UAGCCAUUGUAUAUAUAUGAUAAAAGUAUGAAACAUCUUGCUGCGAAAUUGCCGUGAGAAAGUUGUGUGGAGAUAAGUUUUAAUUUUGCGGAGGAAGUAUAUAAAAAAGCUUCUGAUCAAGGCAGGCUUAUGAAUCUCACCAAAAAUGUUGGGUUUAAAAUCAUCUAGUCGAAAACUAGUGAUCUUGGACAGGGAAACGCAAUUAUGUGGUAAAAUAGGGAGCAUUUCACUGCAAAAACGUUUAAUAAGAAAUUUUAGCAUCAUGAUAGAGACUUUGUGGUCUAAAUAGGGAAAUCGUUUGCUGCAAAAAAUGCUUGAGGAAAUCGCAUCAAUAUGAGUUCGGACUUUGCGGUGUAAACAGUGAAAUAUUUUACUGGGCAAUUUGAAAUUUUUGGGAGACAAUAAGGGAGAAUUGUCGUUGAGAAGAAAUGCAGAAAGUUGUGAGCAAAUUGCUCAGUAGAGUAGAGGGUAACGACUUACGGUUGAAUCUUCCCGUGCAAUGAUCGCGUACACCGGAAUUCCGGCUCUGCGGGGAAACUUUGGGAAGGAUGCUUUGGCUAAAAAGGUUUCAAGAGGAAGGCGAAAUAGCUGUUGAUUACUUUGGAUAAGAUUUGUGUAUAUGGUUCAAAAUCACAUGGCUGCUGUAUGCCCUUGGACUAAAAUUACAGUUUUUCUGUUUGCUGCAGUUCAAGUUGUUGGUGCACAAGAAGGAUUUGUUAGUUUACUGUGUGGUGGAAAAUCUAAUAUUAUUGAAGCAGAAACAAAGCUUGUAUGGAUUCCAGAUGAUAACUACACUCUUUAUAAGGGAGAAAUUGUGCUAUAUCCGUCUCCAGUGGAAGGCAGUCAACCUAAGCCUAUCCGACAAUUUAGUUCUGAUUUUAAAAGUUGUUAUAACUUAACAACUGUGAAGGGAGAUCUUUAUUUGAUCCGAGGCAGUUUUAUUCAUGGUGAACUGUAUGGGAGGCCUUUAUUUGAUGUCUCUAUUGAUGCUACAGUAAUAUGUCAAGUAAACACAUCAGUUUCAGCUCUUCGAAAUGAGGUGAUUCUUACAGCUACAGAGAAUUAUGUCACAUACUGCUUAAUUCCAAAAAGACACCAUGGAGCUCCAUUUAUUUCACAGCUGGAAUUGAGGCCUCUCAACAGAGAAUUAUAUACUUCAAAGGAUCCGCAGAAAAUUUUGAAGAUGUUAACACGGAUUGACCUUGGAAACAAUGGGUCAGUGAGCCUAAGGUACCCAAAUGAUUCUUUUGAUCGUAUCUGGGAUGGCGAUCCCCAUCCUAUUUGUGGAAAGUCUAUUUCAUCAAAAACUAAUUUCAGCACCAGCGACAACAAAGUUCCUAAUCAAGUUCUGCAAACUGCAAAGAUGGGAUCCUGUGGGAAAAGAUUGGAACUUUUGAUUGACAAUGAAAACCAAGAAGCUAAGGACUAUCUUGUGAUCUUGUAUUUUCGGGAAGUUGAUGAUAAAGUUCAAGUUGGUGAAAGAGUGUUUGACAUACAUGUAAAUGGGGAACUAAUGCAUUCACAUGUUGACAUAUUAGCAAAUGGUACUGAGCAAUACAAGCUUUUAAAUUUCGAAGUUCAUGCAGUUGGUGGUCUGAAUAUUUCUUUAGAAGGAACUUCAAAAUUGAGCCCAAUCUGCAAUGCUUAUGAAGCCUAUGAAAUAAUUACCAAAAAAGCUGGAACUGCAGAGAGUGAUGUUAGCGCUCUAGUCAUUUUGAGAGAUGCAUUGCUUGAAAGCAAUCCGAAGUUGUUAGCUCUGCAAUCCUGGUCUGGAGAUCCUUGCCUCCCUAUUUUGGAGAAUGGCCAGUCAACAUCUUGGGUAGGGGUGACCUGCAAAUCAGAUCAGGGGAGGCAAAUUGUCACAGAACUGGAUUUAUCUUGUAAAAAUCUGCAAGGACAGAUGCCAAGUAGCAUAAAUAAUUUGGUGAACCUCGAGAAGCUGAAUAUCAGUGAUAAUAAAUUGGAAGGAAGUAUGCCAGAAUUACCAAAUUUGACGAGGUUAACAUCAUUUGAUAUUAGAUGGAAUAACUUCAAAGGGAAUUUUCCUAUAUCGAUAAUCCGACUUGCAAAUUUGACGGACUUCAGAUUAAUUGGAUGCAAUCCACAACUAAAUACAAGUAUUCCAGAAGGCUGCCUAAAAUGUAAUUAUAGUGACAAGGGUUGUGAAGGUAAUUCAGGACAAAAAAAUACACAAACUGUUGUCAUAGGCGGAUUUGUUGGGGGUUCGGUUUUUCUUCUAGUUACAGUGGGAGUUAUGUUCAGUUGUUUCUACAGAAGGCGAAAAAUGGUUGAUGCAAACGAAACCCCUAAUUAUAAAGAAAAUUCUAUAAAGUCAUUCAACAUAGAAAUAUUCACUCUCAAGGGACUAGCAUCUGCAACAAACAAUUAUCAGAUCAAGAUAGGCGAAGGUGGAUUCGGUGUUGUUUACCGUGGGACAUUGGCUGAUGGGCAAGAAGUGGCUGUUAAGGUCCGCUCAACCACUUCUAUUCAAGGAAUGCGUGAAUUUGAGACUGAGUUAAAUCUUCUCUCUAAAAUUCGGCAUGAAAAUUUGGUCCCUCUUCUGGGGUACUGCCCUGAAAAGGAUCAACAAAUCCUCGUCUAUCCAUUCAUGUCUAAUGGUUCCUUGCAAGAUCGCCUCUAUGGCGAAGCAGCAAAGCGAAAACCUUUAGAUUGGCAAACACGUAUUUCUAUUGCCCUUGGGGCUGCCCGGGGUUUACAUUUUCUGCAUACCAGUGGAGAGAGAUGCAUCAUCCAUAGAGAUAUCAAGUCUAGCAACAUUCUCCUGGACCAAAGCAUGGUUGCAAAAGUUGCAGAUUUUGGCUUUUCAAAGUAUGCUCCUCAGGAUGGAGACAACAAUGUCUCAUUAGAAGUGCGAGGGACUGCUGGUUAUUUAGACCCUGAAUAUUAUUCAAGUCAGCAACUCACAGUAAAGAGUGACGUCUUCAGCUUUGGUGUUGUACUGUUAGAAAUAAUAUGUGGUCGUGAGCCUCUCAAUAUUCACAGGCCCCGAUCUGAAUGGAGCCUGGUAGAAUGGGCAAAACCUUUCAUUCAAGAUUCAAAUAUUGAUGCAAUAGUUGAUCCAGUGAUUAGAACGAGUUAUGUGCCAGAAGCUAUGUGGAGGGUUGUAGAAACUGCAAUGACAAGUGUGGAGCCUUUUUCUGUUCGUCGGCCUUCUAUGGAAGACAUUGUACGUGAGCUUGAGGAUGCCUUUAUUAUUGAGAAUAAUGCUUCUCAGUACAUGAAAUCGAUCAGUGGCUCAUUUCGCUUUUCCAUGGAUCCAAAAUCACUGCCACCUGUAGCAUACACUCCAAACGAACCAUCAUCUGUAUUUUCAGAGACUUUAGGUUCUCCACAUCCAAGAUAGAUCACUUCCAUUUUUACGACGAUGACUUGAAAAGAAUGGAACAGCUAUGUGUUCUGCUAUGUGUUAUUUAUUCAUCUUAGAGGUAUCCCUCUGAUCAUUCGCUUGUCACCACUUUAAAAAUUAAUGGUAGCCAUCAGUGACUGGAAACAAUAGCUGAACCCUGAUAAGAAUGUGCAUGACUUGCAGACUAUGGUUUAUGAAGACAAGAACAGGUAUUCAACUUUUGUCUGCAACAAGAACUUGAGGCUCCAAUGCUCAUGAUUGUCCCAAAACAUGAAAUGCAGAGUUGUAAAGGGCUGCGUAUUAAGUAUUUGAAUGCAAGUUUGACCAUUCCAUUGUUUUCA